AUGCCUUUUGUUAUAGGCGAGAAUGUCAAGGAUAAUGAUUGUUUUCGUUUAUUUGAGACCCAUCCAUUCUCCCCAUCCGUCACACAAAAGCCAUCUGCCUUACAAUCAUCUGAUCAUCUGGAAAAACGAAAUGAACCAAAGCCUGAUAUCUCUCCAUAUAUAAUAUCUCCACCUCAUUCCAUGAGUAAACUCGAAGCUCGUUCUUCGACAAAUGAAGGCCCAGUACAGCAGAAUAGUUCAUCAAUGCCAAUACCUAUAAUAGGUAAUGUUAAAUACAAAUACACGUAUGAAACCGGUACUAUCACCUCUCGUGACAUACCCAAACUUCAAAACAAUCUCCAAAAAAAUAAUUCUCAAAAUAAUCUCCAAAACACUAGUUCUAAUUUUUCAUCACGAACUACUAACCAAGUCGAUCACUCAUAUACUGCAAGAUUAACAUCAAAUGCUGACAUGCCAUCUCAACGUGUUGAUUCUCCAUCUCUAACUGAAGGUGGAAGUAGUGGAUUUUCAGUUGAUGGACGUUCCACUCCUUCAAAUUCUUUAAAUGCAUUUCAAAUGUCAAACACAACUUUAUAUUAUAAUGGAAUUGAAGUUCCACCACCAGGUGCACGGAUUAUUCCAUUAGAAUUACAAAUGCAGAUUGGAAAAGAAAUUAUGGCCCAAAGAGAAGAUUCUCGAAUUUCAUUAUUACCAUAUCUUGGCUCAAAAUAUAAAUUAUCUGAUCUGCCAUCAG